AUGAGAGCUCUCUACAAGUCGAGAGCAUGCCCCCAUUGCCGCACAGAGGCACCAUUUACGAUCUUCACGGACAGUACCGAGAAGCCAUUCCAGGAUUUCAAAGACAGCGACUUCGUCAAGAUAGACGAGAACCUUGGGAUCAAAUUUGAGAAGCAGUCGAUCGUGGAGGACACAAUCCUCCUGCUACGAUACAACUGCCCUGAUCAAACAUGCGACAUGGCGUGCCACUCCUGGCCGCACCUCACGAAACACGUCAGAGGGAAGCACGGCAAGCUCAUGUGUGAUCUCUGUAUACGCCAUAAGAAGGUCUUUGCUCACGAACAUGAGAUGUUCACAUUUGCCGAACUGCGGAGACACGAGACUCGGGGUGACGACAAGCCCGGCGCAGUUGAUCAGACUGGCUUCAAGGGACAUCCUGAAUGUGGCUUCUGCAAAGAACGCUUCUAUGGUGACGACGAACUCUACACGCACUGUCGUGAGAAGCACGAGCGAUGCCACAUCUGCGAUCGACGGAAUGGCGGACGGAAUCCACAAUACUACCUCAACUAUCAGGAGCUCGAGAAGCACUUUGCGUCCGAUCAUUUCGUCUGUCUCGACCCUGAGUGUCAAGCAAAUAAGACCAACGUCUUCGAGUCAGAGAUGGAUCUGAAGGCACACCAGCUGUCUGAGCAUGCUGGUUCGCAGUCCAAGGAUGUGAGACGAGACGCCCGCAUGGUCAAUUUGUCCAGCUUCGACAACGUGCGGACACCUUAUCAACCUGAACGGAAUCGCCGAGGUGGCGGCGGGCGGGGACGAGAUCCCAACGCCGAGCCACUACCAGUGUCCAGCGCUCAGCCAAUGACUCGAGCAGAACUUGCCUACCAGCGAGUAAUGGCUAUUCAAACCAGCCAGACAGUCGCACCACGCACUUUCGGUGGCCAGUUGACCCAGUCUGCGCCAACACCUCGUCCACAGCCCACCCAACAGCAGACUCGUCCACAGCCAACACCACAAGACCUACCAGCACUAGACACGCUCACCAUCGACCCCUCGACAGCCACACCAGCCGACCGAGCCCGCACCCUCCGCCACGCCACCGUAACCGAACGAGCCUCCAAUCUCCUCGGCAACGACGCCACAAAACUCUCCCAAUUCCGCACCAACGUCUCCUCCUACCGCACUUCAGCCAUCUCCGCCGCUGACCUGAUCGACGCCUUCUUCUCCCUCUUCGACUGCAGCGCCAACGAGCUCGGCAUCCUGAUUCGCGAGCUCGCAGACCUGUACGAGAAUGAAGCCAAAAAGACUGACCUACUCUCAGCGUGGAGCAGCUGGCGGAGCAUCAACGAGGACUACCCCUCACUACCGCUCCCACAAGGUGCGGCCGAAGCAGACAACCCGAACGGUGGCCUGGGCGUCAACGUCGGCAGCGGGAGACGUGUACUGAAGCUAAAGUCCAGCACAGCACAAUCCUCCCGGUCAUCACAAGCGCGUCAAGCGUCCUGGAGCGGCAUCUCCAGCGCCGCGGCACCCCGCCAACGCGGCGUCCCAGGCCUCAACCCUGUCGGUGGCGAUGCCUUCCCCUCUUUACCAACAUCAACCCGCAGCGCAGCCAAACCACAUACCUUCAACUGGGCCAACACGUCCUCAUCGACCGCCUCCGCUCGACCCACAACAUCCACCCCGACCCCAUCAACAACAGGGUCCCGAACAAACACCAAACCAGGCCCAGCACCAGUCCGCACGGCCGACGCCUUCCCCUCCCUGCCAACCUCCACAAAACCCCUGAACACGAUGAUCUCCGGCUUCAAUACGCGCGGCUAUGUCCGCUCGACGAAUUCUUCUGCCAGGAACUCCGGGACGAGCACGCCUGCGGCUAUGAAUAGUGUGUGGGGCAAAGGCCCGACGCCGGCGCAGGCGGCUGCUGCUGUUAGCGAUGCUUUCGCUGGUGGAGCUGUCAAUGGCGGAGUGGCGCAAGGGGACGUUGGUGGUGGUGGUGUAGUGCAAGGGAAAGCCAAGGGCAAGGGCAAGGGCAGGGCGAAGGGUGAGACGCUUUAUCAUUUUGGCUGA